UCUCUCGCUCCACCCCCCGUCCCCUCUUCCCUCUCGGCCGCUCUGGGGCUUCCUCCCCCAGCGAAAGAAAAGAAUUCCUAAAUUAGAAAUUAGAAGUAUACAAGACCUCUUCCCCCUCCCUUAGCUUCCCCGAGUCCGAAUUCGGACCGGGAAUCAAAACCCUAGAGGCGCUGGAGCUCCAUCAUUCCAUGCCCUGAGCGCCGGAGCGGCGGUGGAGGAGGAGGGGAAGAGGCGGGAUGGCGGCGGAGCUGGGGCAGCAGACGGUGGAGUUCUCCGCCCUGGUCCGCCGGGCUGCGGAGGAAUCCUACCUGUUCCUCAAGGAGCUGGUGGAGAGGUCCCAGGCCCCGGAGGAGCGCUCCGACUCGGAGAAGAAGAUUGAUCUCCUCAAGUUCAUCGUCAAGACGCGGCAGCGGAUGCUUCGCCUCCAUGUGCUCGCCAAGUGGUGCCAGCAGGUUCCAUUGGUUCAUUAUUGCCAACAACUUGCAGCAACACUUUCCAGUCAUGAUACUUGUUUCACCCAAACAGCUGAUUCACUAUUCUACAUGCAUGAUGGAUUGCAGCAAGCUCGUGCUCCUAUAUUUGAUGUUCCAUCCGCUAUUGAAGUCGUCUUCACAGGGGGGUAUCAAAGGCUGCCAAAAUGUAUAGAAGAUUUGGGAAUUCAGAGUACACUUUCCGAGGAUGAGCAAAAGCCUGCUUUAAAGAAGUUGGAUACCCUUCUUCGUUCCAAACUUCUCGAGAUCUCACUUCCUAAAGAAAUUUCUGAUGUCACAGUGUCUGAUGGCACUGCUGUUCUUUGCGUGGAUGGAGAGUUUAAGGUUUUUCUUACUGUGGGAUAUCGUGGGCAUUUAUCAUUUUGGAGGAUUUUGCAUUUGGAGCUGCUAGUAGGUGAGAAGAGUGGUCCUAUCAAGCUUGAAGAACUGCGGAGAUAUGCUCUUGGGGAUGAUCUAGAGCGCAGAAUGGCUGCUGCUGAAAAUCCCUUCAUGGUUUUGUACACGAUUCUCCAUGAAUUAUGCGCUGCCCUUGUUAUGGACACUGUACUGAGGCAAGUGCAUGUACUACGUCAGGGAAGGUGGAGAGAUGCAAUACGCUUUGAACUUAUUUCUGAUGGCAGUGCUGGACAAGGUGGCAAUACUAGUAUUGUGCAGUUGGCCCAAGAUGGUGAACUUGAUUCAACUGGUUUAAAGAUUCCUGGUCUGAAAAUCUUUUAUUGGUUGGAUUUUGACAAAAUCACUGGAGGAUCUGAUUGUGGUUCGACCCCGUUUAUCAAAAUUGAGCCAGGGCAAGAUUUGCAGAUUAAGUGUCAGCAUAGUUCUUUUGUUUUGGAUCCGGUUACUGACAGGGAAGCAAAAUUUUCACUCAAUCAAAGUUGCAUUGAUGUUGAGAAACUUCUGCUAAGAGCUAUCGCCUGUAACAGACACACACGUCUACUUGAAAUUCAGAGGGAAUUGUGUAAAAAUGUUCAAAUUUUUCGAGGUUCAGGAGAUGUUAUCCUUAAGCGUGAAGGAGCUGAAUUGGAGACAGACUUGCGAAAGAGAGACAAUAAACACAGUUUCGAGGAUUAUUGUGGGGAUGAGGUACUACAAGUGCGAGCAUAUGGUGCAUCAUACAUUACUCUGGGAAUAAAUAUCAGGAACGGUUGUUUCCUUCUUCAAUCUUCUAAGAAUGUUCUUGCACCAUCAGCACUAUUAGAUAGUGAAGAAUCUCUAAACCAAGGAAGUGUUACUGCAACUGAAGUAUUUAUGAGCUUAAGAAGCAAAAGUAUUCUUCACUUACUUGCAUCAACUGGAAAGUUUUUGGGCCUGAAGGUAUAUGAUCAGUCUGCAACUAAUAUAAAGGUACCAAAAUCCAUAUUGCAUGGCUCAGAUUUAUUGCUAAUGGGAUUUCCUCAAUGUGGGAAUUCGUAUUAUUUGCUGAUGCAGCUUGACAAAGAUAUCAAACCAGUUUUCAAUUUGCUAGAAACACAAACUGAUCCAGGUGGAAAGUCCCAUUCGAUUAGUGAUGCUAAUGAAGUUAUACGUUUUAAUAAAAUUGACGUUGGUCAGAUGCAAAUGGUUGAAGAUGAGCUGAAUUUGAGCCUCUUUGAUUGGGAGAAGAUGCAUUCUUUACCAAGUAUGGGGGCUUGCAAUCAGAUUUCUGAGCAUGAUCUUCUUCCUGAGUUUGGAUUGGAACCUAGUCUGCAGCUUCCUGCAUGUUCACAGUCAAGUUUUUCAUCUGUUGUCGAUGAAGUGUUUGAGUUUGAGAAAGCUGCAUCAGGUCCUCCUUUUCCAGUUAUGUCUCACCUCUCUGCAUCUUACAAUAUGUCCCCUUUGUCCCACCUAGGUUCUCUUCCUACUAGUCAUCAAGGUAUAAAGGCUGGAGUUAGCUCACCUAAAUGGGAAGGAGGAUUACAACAAUCUCAAAUCAAUAAUAUUGCAAGGGUUUCUGCUGGUCUUACUAGUUCAAGCAAUUCAAUGUUUUUAUCAAACAAUUUGAAGGGAUUAAUUCAUAACAGCACUACAAAUUCCCUUUCCUCUUCAAGCCCAGCGAGGAACUCAUCUAUUCAAAAAUUAUCAGCUUCAAAAUCUGAUCAGGACUUGAGCUCUCUGAAGUCUCCACAUUCUGGCGAGGUUGGCCAAUAUUCUUCUAUGGAGGAGGAUCAAGCAAGAUUGGUGAAUGAAUCUCCAAAAGACCUUGUUAUGGUUGAUGGAAGCCGAUCAUCUCAGCUUUUGCCUCCACCGCGAACGACUGGUCCUCGUCUCUCAGUACAAAGUACCAGUUCGAAUAACUUCAAAAGCUCAUCAACUGGUCAUUUGGUUGGAUCUGUAAAAGAUAAGCGAUAUAGCUUAUCGCUGGUUGCAUACACACGCCAAACAGCAGAAUCUGGCAUUUCCUCUGCCUCAGGCUAUGAUGCCAUUAAUAAACAUAAGAGAAAAUUAACAAAGCACACUCUUUCAGACUUUCUAACUCUAAUUCCAUCGUUUCAAGGUUUAAAAUCUAGCACUGAACAGCGUAAAAGAAAGAAAAUUUCAGAUUCGAUUCACUGUCAUCCUACUGCUUCACUGGCAUUCUCAUCAGUACGGACAUGCAGAUCCAGCGGGUAUAUGUAUGGAAAUCUGCUUGCUGAACCAAAUCAUGGCAUUACUCCUUCAAACAUAUAUGUUUCAAUCCUCCUCCAUGUUGUCAGGCACUAUUCACUCUGUAUUAAGCAUGCUCAACUAACCAGCCAGAUGGAUGCCCUUGACAUUCCUUAUGUUGAAGAAGUGGGUCUGCGAACUCCAUCCUCAAACUUGUGGUUGCGAGUACCAUUUGCCAGGGAUGAUUCAUGGCAGCACAUAUGCCUUCAUCUUGGCAAGCCUGGAAGUAUGUGCUGGGAUGUUAAAAUCAAUGACCCGCAUUUCAGGGAAUUAUGGGAACUUCAUAAAGGAAGUACUACAACACUAUGGGGCUCUGGUGUACGAAUCGCCAAUACAUCUGAGGUUGAUUCCCACAUCCAUUAUGAUCCAGAAGGUGUUGUCUUGAGUUAUAGGACUAUUGAAGCUGAUAGUAUUCAGAGGCUUGUAUCAGAUUUACGAAGGCUUUCUAAUGCAUGCUUAUUUGCUUGUGGGAUGCGAAAAUUAAUUGGUGUAAAGGAUGAUGAUAAGCUAGAUGAUAGCAAUACAAAUUCUGAGACGAAGUUGCAAUCUGUAACUAAAAGAACUGGUGAGGCUGCUGAUAAGUUAUCCGAACAGAUGAGAAAAACUUUCAAGAUUGAAGCAGUUGGUCUCGUGAGUUUGUGGUUUAGUUAUGUCUCAAUGCCUGUGAUUGUACACUUUGUUGUUGAAUGGGAAGCUGGUAAGGAAGGCUGUACAAUGCAUGUUUCUCCUGAUCAACUUUGGCCACAUACCAAGUUUUUGGAGGAUUUUGUCAAUGGAGCUGAGGUUGCAUCCUUCUUGGAUUGCAUCCAGCUUACUGCAGGACCUCUUCUUGCUCUUGGUGGUGCAAUACGCCCUGCACGAAUGCCUAUGCCUGUUCCUCCAAACCAUUCCCCAUUACCUAAGCAGAACAAUUUUAUCCCAUCUCAAGGACUUCUACCGAACACUUCAUCAUCAAAUGUUAUCCAACCUGCAUCUUCCGCCCCUGCACCAACUGCUGUUAUGGCCCAACUGGGCAGUCACAAUCUUCAUGGUGCUGCAAUGUUAUCUGCUGCAGGAAGAGGUGGACCGGGACUUGUUCCUAGCUCUUUAUUGCCUUUUGAUGUCUCUGUUGUGCUACGGGGUCCGUAUUGGAUACGUAUCAUAUACCGUAAAAAGUUUGCUGUGGACAUGCGGUGCUUUGCUGGAGAUCAGGUUUGGCUACAGCCUGCAACCCCUCCUAAAGGGGGACCAGCUGCUGGGGGAUCAUUGCCAUGUCCACAAUUUCGACCUUUCAUUAUGGAACAUGUUGCGCAGGGUCUGAAUGCUCUAGAGCCCAGUUUUUCUGGUGCUGCACAUUCAGGUGGGCAUUUGAGUUCAAGCAACAGUAACCCGAGUUCAGGUAGUCAACCACCAGCACCUAACGCCACCCGCCUUAAUGUGAGUGCUAGCAGUGCAAUGGCUAGAGCUCCUGUAGUUGGAAGCCAGGUAGCUGGUAGCUUAAGCCGAGUCAGCAAUGCAAUCUUAGCUUCUUCAGGGAUCUCUGGGGUACCUUUGCGUAUUUCUCCAGGUACUGGUUUCCCAGUGCAUGUGAAAGGGGAAUUGAAUACGGCUUUUAUUGGGCUGGGGGAUGAUGGAGGUUAUGGAGGUGGUUGGGUUCCCCUUGCGGCUCUUAAAAAGGUGUUAAGAGGCAUCCUCAAAUAUCUCGGUGUGUUGUGGUUGUUUGCACAGUUGCCAGAUCUUUUAAAAGAGAUUCUGGGUUCGAUUUUAAAGGAGAAUGAAGGGGCACUUCUAAAUUUGGAUCAGGAGCAACCAGCAUUGCGGUUCUUUGUGGGGGGUUAUGUUUUUGCUGUGAGUGUUCACCGCGUCCAACUUCUUUUGCAAGUUUUGAGUGUCAAACGGUUCCACCAUCAGCAGCAGCAGCAGCAAACCCUAACCAACACUCAAGAAGAACUAGCCCCUAACGAAAUUAAUGAGAUUUGUGAUUACUUCAGCAGGCGUGUUGCCUCUGAGCCCUACGAUGCAUCUAGGGUUGCAUCUUUUAUCACCCUCCUUACCUUACCUGUUUCAGUCCUCCGAGAAUUCUUAAAGCUAAUAUCAUGGAAAAAAGGAUUGUCUCAAGCGCAUGGUGGAGACAUAGCUACUGCACAGAGGGCCCGAAUAGAAUUGUGCUUGGAGAAUCAUUCAGGCUCAGUUUUAGAUGAGAAUUCUGAGAGCACUACUGCAUCGAAAAGUAAUAUUCAUCAUGACCGAGUCCAUAAUUCAGUAGAUUUUGCUCUUACCUUCGUCCUUGACCCUGCCCACAUACCCCACAUGAAUGCCGCUGGUGGAGCUGCAUGGCUACCUUACUGUGUAUCUGUGAGACUAAAAUAUUCAUUCGGGGAAAAUACUCAUAUCUCUUUUCUUGGAAUGGAUGGGAGCCAUGGUGGCAGAGCUUGUUGGUUGCGCUUUGAAGACUGGGAAAAGUGCAAGCAGAGAGUAGCGAGAACAGUUGAAUAUGCAAAUGGGAAUUCUGCAGGUGAUGUCAGUCAGGGGAGGUUGAGGUUGGUUGCUGAGACGGUGCAGAGGACAUUGCAUGUGUCGUUGCAGCAGCUAAGAGAUGGUGCUCUUACCUCGAGCUCAACUGUGUCUUAAUUCUUCACAUCUGAGGUAUCAAAAUGGAAAAUAUACAGUUUGACGUAUUGUACUUAUGCAGCUUGAAUGAAUAGCUCCUGUUAGCUGAUGCUUGAUGAUGCAUUGUGGAGUCACUUAAAAUUCACAUCGCUUCUUUUCAGUCAUAACUCUUAAUGUUGACAACAGGACAGAAGCUUGAGGAUUUCAUUUCAACCCUAUAUGAUGCCAUGAAUAAACAUAUGUUUCGGGUUGGUGAUUUGUUCAGUGGUUAGAUCUGGUGGAAGGGAAAUCUUGAUUCUCAUGGCGAGGCCAGGCAAUGAGCACUUGAUUCAUAGAUGAGGAAGGUGAAGGAUCUCUGCAAAAAUUUCUGGUUAGGGGGUUGAUCUUGUACAGUUAACCGAGGAUGUAGCAUUGAUAACUUAUAGAAAGCUAUUAGUACUUCCCUAAAACCUCAUUAUAUGCAUCCCAUACUUAAAUUAGCAUAUUCCAUGGUUUGCAGCAAGUACCAUUAAACUUGCAGCAGGUGUAGAAGUAUCAUUAAGUUUACGGGUUUGAAUUUUGAUAGAAUUAUAGGAUUUUCAGUGAGUAUUCUGGUGUCACUUUCAUUGCUGGGUUAUUAUGGCGGAUAAUUAAUUUGGAAAAAUGAAUAGAUGCUGAGGCUUUGUGCAGUCUUGCCAUAAGAUGAUGUUUUUGCAAUCGCUAACAUGUACGAUGGAAUUCCUUAAUGAACAGCAUAGCAAAAUUGUGAUUAUGUACCAAAUUUAGUUCAUGUAUUUUAAACUUUAUGGCAUAUCGUUGAACUGA